AUGGCUGCUGAAUUUGGAUGGUCUUUCACUACUCAAGGGUUAGUACUUUCAUCGUUCCUUGUAGGGUAUUUAUUAACACAAGUUAUAGGAGGAAUACUUGCAGACAAGUUUGGUGGGAAAAUGGUGCUUGGAAUUUCUGCCGCAUGUUGGAACUUAUUUACACUUCUUACACCAAUUUCUGCCAAAUUUGGAUUGAACUAUCUUAUUUUAUGUAGAAUUUGUUUAGGGGUUGGAGAAGGAGCUGCAUUUCCAUGUAUUCACUCAAUGAUUGCAUCAUGGAUUCCAAAACAAGAAAAUUCCCGUGCUGCCACAAUUAUUACAGUUUCAGCCUAUUCAGCCUCGUUUUUUGCUUUACCACUUUCAACAUGGUUAGGUUCAGGUCCUUUUGGAUGGCCAAGUAUAUUUUGGGUAUUUGGAUUCAUGGGAAUUAUUUGGUCUAUAUUGUGGCAUUUUUAUGGUGGCAGUAAUCCUAGUGAUUAUCCGGGAAUUAAACAAGAAACAGGAUCUCAUAGAAAUUUAUUAAAAGGUUUAUCUGCUCCAGAAAAGUUCAAGAUUAAACAGAUUCCAUGGAAAAUUAUAUUUUCUAGAAGAGAAGUAUGGGCUAUUAUUUUGGCUACAUUUUUUAAUUCAUUUGGUUUUUUUAUUAUGGUUACCUGGUUACCUACAUAUUAUCUGGAUCGUUUUGGAAUAAAUAUCAAAAAAUUGGGAUAUUUUGCUGUUCUUCCUGAUAUAAUUCAAGCAAUAAUGGGAUUGAUUGCUGGCAUUGUGGGAGAUUUUAUGAUUCACAGGAUGAAUUUUCGCAUAAGAACCGUAAGAAGGAUAGCACAAUCAAUUGGUGGUUUUGCUACUAAUCCAAUAGAAGGAUUAAUAGUAAUUGGAGUCGGAUUAGGAUUAAGAACCUUUGUACUGAUUGGCUCAUCAAUUUCACAGUUCGAUGUAAGUGUUUUAAUGUCUGAUUCUGUGUUUUCUCUUCUUAUAAUAAUUUGUGGUAAUACUGCGGGUAUUUUGGCAGGUAUAAUAGGUGUAUUUAUAAAUGGGUGGCUUCUAGAUGUUACAGGGAAUCAAUGGGCAUAUGGUUAUAAUAUAAUUAUGCGAUGUCCUACCCCAAUACCAGAGAUUCAAGAAAAAGAGCCUCUACCAAAAAUUUCGGAAGUAAAUGGAGUAUCUUCAUUGGUUGAAAUUGAAAGAUCAUUUAAUCAACUUCGAAUACCAGAACUUGAACUUCCAACUACGCCAGAAGCUACAAUUAAAGUGGCACUUUCAGAACUAUAUCAACUUCAAGAAGAUCUACAGAUCCAUUUGCAAGCUCAACACCUUAGCCUGGAAAAAAUUUUAAAUGAAUCUGACGGAUCUAGCGAAGACGAAUUUAUUGAUUCGGAAACUUUGGAUACAGAAUCGGAAAUACAUGCUUUUGAGGACACUUUGUCAGAUAUAUCAUAUAAAUCAACGACGUCAACAACCGCUUCAAAUAUACCAAUGUCACCACGGAUAUCAAAAUCUUAUUAUGAUUCUAAUGUUUCAAAACUUCGUACUAUGUCGUCAGCAUCGCUUGCUUCAGCUAAAUCAAAAGCUUCAUCACAUUUUUCACGUUCAUCAUCACCUUCUAUGUUGUUUAAUGAAGAUGCUGCAUUUUCAACACCACCGGAACCAUGGGAUGCAUUUAGAUGGAAGCCUAUGGAUAAAAUUUCUGAUCACUUAUAUUCUCAAAAUGUUAGUCAAAGUGCUGGAUUACCAACUGUAUUGGCUGUUAGUGGAGUGAUUGCGAUAGGUACGACUCGUGGUUUAGUAUUGGUCUAUGAGAAUCCGCAAGAGACUUUAAAAUGUAUACUUGGAUCUACUUCUAACGCUAUUGAAUACGGUGCUGUCACAUCUCUUGCAAUUUCCUCUGACCAUAGUCAAAUAUUAAGUGGUCAUUCACAAGGAUAUAUUUUAAUAUGGGAUAUUAAUAAACCAAUUAGUCCAAUACGUACCAUCUUGCCUAUUUCUUCAGGUGCUGUAGCUGGUGGGAAAAAGGAAGGUCAUAUUCAUGGUUCAGCUAUCUUACAUGUUGGUUUUGUUGGCGUUCGCAAAAAUGGAAUUGUUUCUGGAGAUAAUCAUGGGUUGGCAUUCUUUCAUAACCUAUAUAAAGUCAUGUUGUUUAAUGCAACUGAAACAACACGUAUAAUUGGGCGAUAUCCAAUAUCAUCAUCACAUAAUGAAUUUCAUGUCGGUUCUAAAAUAAAAAGACCAAGUACUAUUUUUGGAUUAGCGCCACUGCCUUUUGGCCAAUUACCUCAUGGUUCUGAAGGCACAAAACCAACAAUACAUACUCAUUAUAAAGACUUAAAACCAAAAAAUAUCUCUACAGAUUCUUCUACAGCAUCAAAGUCAAUAUCAGGUUGUCUUGCAUGGUAUCCUGCUGUAAAAUUUCAACUUAACACAGUCAUUCAACCCGAACAUCCAAAAAGUAAAAGAAAGCCUGAUUUUGUUUUGGAAUUUAUUAAAGUUGGACAAUGGAAAGCUAGAAAUAGUAUAGUUGCACUGCAAUGGCUUUCUCCUCAUAUUUUAUUGAUUUUGACAAACACAGAAGACAUAGUUGUUUUUGAUCCUAGAUAUAUGCAAGAAAGUGAACAAAACAAUAUUCGUCAUCGUUCACUAGUGUAUCAUAACCAUUUCUCUUCACUUUUAAUUGAUAGGUCAGAUGAUUCUAUUAAAAACACAGUAGAUUUGGCUUAUUACCAUAGUUUACGUAUAUACAAGAGUCAUGGUGUACGAAAUCUUUAUGUUGGAUCACUUUUAUCAUGGGCAGAUCGUAUACUUGCAUUUGUACAAUCUGGUGAUUAUCUUGAGGCGAUAGCUUUGGCCACAUCAUAUUAUAAUGGUACUACUUCGCAGACAAUUCUUGGAUUACCAGAUAAUGAGGAAAUUCGUCACAUGAUUGUUGGAGGGAAGCUUAUGGAACUUUUAAACGCUUCUAUAAAUUAUGCAUUUUCUAGUGAACGAACAUUUGCGGGGAUGGCUGACGAACAUAAUGUACUAUUCCAUGAUCUUGCUGUAGCAUGUAUUCAGGCAUGUCUUAGUAUGCAUAAAGAGGAAUUUCUUUUUAAUGACAUUUAUGAACGAUAUUCAAAUGCUUCUGCCAAAGGAACAUUGCUUGAGGUUUUGGAACCAUACAUUCUUGAUGAUAAAAUGGAAGAGCUACCACCAGAAAUCAUGAAGGAUCUUGUUACACACUAUCGAGAUUGUAGACUGCUUACACGUAUAGAACAAUGUAUAUGGCAUAUUAAUCCAAAAUAUCUAGAUAUUGAUCAAGUUGUUCAAUUAUGUAAAAACGAAAAACUUUAUGAUGCAUUGAUAUAUGUUUGGAAUCGAUCAAUGGAUGAUUACGUGAAUCCAGCGGUAGAACUUCUUGGACUAAUUAAAAAAGUAUUAAGUUUAGAGAAACGGAAAAAGAAAGAACACCGAUUCAACGGAACAACAGAUCAUGUUGAUUCAAUGGAAGAGGAUGAUUUAGAAGUUUUGAAGACUGAUGCUCGUAAAUUUUAUACUUAUAUGGAAAAUAUACUUACCGGCCAUACUUAUCCUAAUGGAGCUCCACUUAAUGAAAAAGAUGCAAAUGAAGCUCGAACAAAUUUAUAUUCAUUUAUAUUCUCAGGACGUUGUAUAAUUUGGCCCAAGAAUGGGGAAGUUAUGACAACUGAACCAUGGGGAUCAUCAGAAUUUUCUCAAUCAGAUAUUUCACAAUUAUAUUGUUUUGUUGCUAAAAAUUUACCAAAAUACCCACAAUUUCUUUUACUUCCUCGAAAUGCAAUGCAAAAAAUACUUGCCGCACUUAGUCUUGACACUGAUCCACAUACUCGUGAAGAAAGACAACUUUCAGUCGAAUGUUUAUUAUCUAUUUACACUCCACAGGACGAAGAUCAAAUGGUUAGGUUGUAUGAAAGUGCGGGAUUUUGGAGAGUAUUGGAGAAUGUUUACAAAGCCGAACAGAAAUAUGGAUUACUAUUAUCAACAUAUCUUAAAGAUCCCGAAAGAAGAAAUGAAGUAUUUGAUUGUAUUCGGGAAUUGUUAAAUCCUAAGAGCCAUAUCACAGAAACACAAAGACAAGAAGUAUCACAGAUAAUUAUGGAAAAAAUUGAAGAAAUUGUUGAUAUAGAUGGAGGAUUAACUGCAUUUAUCGUACAAGCAUUUUUCAGCGGUGAUCAUAAAACCAUUAUUUCAAAUUUAUCAUCAUCACCGGCACGAUUAUUUACAUAUCUUCGAGUGCUUUUGGAACCAUCCGAAGACGUGAGUAAAAAUAGUGAAAUUAAAUUUGUAAAAACAGUUGAAGAGCAACUUAUCUGGUUGGAAACUUCAAACUCGAUAUCAGAACCCGAAAUCCACGAAAAAUAUAUUACGUUGAUGUGUAAAUUUGAUCCUACGGGAGUUUAUCAUUACUUGAAAACACAUCAAGGUGCCUACCGCUUAGAGAAAAUAUUGCCUGCUUGUAUUUCGGCUGGUAUAGUUGAUUCAGUUGUUUGGAUAAUGGAACAAAGUGGUAACGCAGUUGGGGCACUUGAUAAGAUUCUAGAGAUUGGAAGGAUUGAAACAGCUCUGAUGAAAUUAAAAGGAGUUCUUAAAAUAGCGAUAACCCUAUGUGAAAAUAGUUGUCGACGUGCAAUAGUGAACAGUGGUAAUUAUAACGAUACAAUGACAACAGAAAGUGAGUCCGAAUUAUUAUGGUUUAAGCUUUUGGAUACUUUUUUGGAUGCAACAAAGGCCAUUACAUCCAGCGUGACACCACAAAGACCACCUAGAUUAUCAGAAAAAUUACUAAGCAAUAACACAUAUGAAGCACCGAAAUCACCUAUACCAACUCACAUCGCAGAUCUUCUUAUAACAACAUUCAAGUCAUAUGUACAAUCUAUAUUGAGAUCAUUAUUGUUAUCGACAUCUUCACCUUAUGUAUCGUUACCAAGGUUACUACUUAAAUUCAUACGAUCACAAUCCAGAAGAAAUAGUACAGUGGCAGAUUUUCGAGAUAUAUUUAUAGGAAUGAUUGAUACGUACAAGUAUGAAAGCCAAUUGCUGACCCUUACCAAUCGAUUAUUUGAAAAGGAUUUGUUUAUGGGAGUGGCGAGUGUAGUAAAGCAACGUGGUAAAGGCUGGCGUCCUCGUAGAGGAACUUGUGAAGUGUGCGGAGGGCAUUUCUGGGGAACGGACAUAAGUUUAUUAAAUCAUCAAACAAAAACCACAGUUAACCCAAAGAAAGAGCAGUCAAAAACAUCGACAAUAUAUGAUUCUGACGAAAUAAUAGGAAUCGAAGUACUGCAAGGUAUUUCUGAUCAAGUUUUGACAGAAGAAGAAAUUAAUAGAUAUUUACAAAUUUUGACAGAAGAAAAAAUUAAUACACCUUUACAAAUGCAAACACAGCCACAAACACAGUCAUCACCACCAGAGGCUGCAUUAUCAGAGAUUGCGUGUCUUAAUAGCGAGUCUGAGAGAAGAAAUUCAAGUGUAUCAUUUGAAAUAAAAAAUCAAUCAACAGAAAAUUCGUCGUUUAAACCAUUUAAAGGAAAGAAUCGUUUGGUAAGCUAG